AUGAUAGGAAAAGAGAAUAUGCUUAAAAAGAACAAUAUUCUUAUAAUAACUCUACUAAUAACAAUGAUACACCAUACAUGUGCGUUUCUGGAUUCAUUAAAUACAAAUCGGACACAUGAAAUAAAAUUAGAGAACAACUUAGUAAUAAAUCCAGAUGGUGGGCUUUCACCAAGCACGCAUUAUAUGUCUUAUUUAUGUAAGUUCAUGCACAACUUCCGAAUGUACUGGCAUGGUGUAUACAGAGAGUGGUAUUUAAAGAAGAAAAACAAUAACUCAACAGAAAGUGAAUAUAUCGGUGAGUAUUAUAAAAAUUCACUAGAAUGGAAAGUACACAAUAAUAUAGACGAAGAUACAGAGAAGAACAAGUAUUUACAAGCAUUUGCACAGCAAUUAAUUAAUAUGUUCCCAUCAGAAGGUAUACAAUUGUCUAUUGAGUCAGAGAAGAGUGACUCAUUCACUCGAUUUCUAAGAGAGUACAAAGACAAGUCAGAUGGUUUAUAUGUUCUUGCUUCUUUAUUUCUUCUCUCAGAAGGGAUAAAUAUUCCCAUUAAAAUAGUAGAGGAUAAUAAAAAGAAUGCUGGAAAUAAAAUGCUCGUUCUAAAAAAGAAAGAAACAGUGAGUCCAGAAGAUAAAUUCCAUGUCAACUUGAUUCUGGCUAUAAAAAGUAAAACAGAAGAGGAUAAUACUGCUGAAUCAGCAUAUCAGAAGAAAACAGAAGAGAUAGUGAGCUUCUUCAAGAGUCUUGCCACCACUAAUUCAUCUUACUGCUUAAAAGUGCCAGAAGAGUUCUCAAUGCCUACUACAUAUGAAGAGUUCUUAAAGGGGAAUUUUCUGUGCAAUCCGAAGUUCCUCAUACAGUCGUACUUCUUUGAGUAUAUAGACAGUGUGGAGAUGUAUAGAGAGUUUGUGAGAGCGGUGUACGGGCUGCUGCGUGAACAAAUAUCAAACAAAGAUGAGAAAAGGAGUGAGAAUAUAAGCAUGGAGACAGGAAAGAAAGCACAGGAGGUGUUUGACAGGCUGUUUAUAGAUGAAGAAGUAUUAAAAAAACAAAUGAAAAACAUAACCCGAAACCAUUACGAAUGCUUCUGUGAAUUAAAAGAAAAUAGAGAUGCAUGGGCGGGCACUCCAUUUAUAAAUAGUGAGCUAAAUUGCAUAUAUAUCCCCAAGUACCUUCGAAGAGAAAGCAGAUUUAGUGUAAACAUAAACGACAGACACGAGGCUCAAAAUUCCCAGGACUGUAUUCUUCUUUACGUAUUUUUCUAUUUUGCCUUUGAUCCUGAAACUAAAAUAUAUAACAUAGACCACUUGCCAAAUGCAUCCAAAGACCUGAAGAACUUCUUUGCCAAAUACAGCUAUCCUGUAGAAAGCGUGGGUAUUAUUAUGCAGUGCGAGUGGUGCAGGGUUGUAUCACGCCCCCUUGAAUUGAAAGAUCGAGAGAUUAUUGACGAUUCAACAAUUAGCCACGGAGUACUAAACAUGUUAUAUGUGAUGUGUGAUCUAGUGGGGAACACACCAGAAAUAAAAAGCGCAAUUAACUGUAUAAAGGGCCUGCUUAACACAGAUGUUAAGAAUGACUACAGUGGCCUAAAAAACUGCAUGCUGGAAGUAUUUUCUUCUCUUUCCAGGAAUAAAAAGGUAAAACUAGAGUGCAACUUCAUUAAAUAUAUGAAAAAGUACAAUGAAGAAGUAAAUGAAGAUAUAGAAGUAAAAUUACAGGUUCUAUAUGAUUUUGGCCAAGAGUGGCAAGGAAUUCAAUUUGAAACAUCUAACUCAUAUAGAAACCCGCCCGUAGAGACAGUAAAAGAAGAGAAUGAGGACACUGAUGAAUUGUGUUCUAUUGAUUCGCGCUCUGAUGAUUCUUUCAGCGAAAUAGUAUAUACGAUUAACAAUGGCUAUAAAUUUGUAGACACUUACCAAAAAAUGAUUAUAAAUCAAUUCAUUAUCUCCUCUUCCUCUACAAACCAUACACGCUAUGAUUUAGAAUAUUCAUUUGAGAAGAAUAAAAAGAAAAUAGUGGUUAAUAAAUGCGACACCCCAAACAGUCUAAUGCUAUGGGGCAGUCUAGACAGCCUGGAGUACAAGUCACACCUUGCCAAGCAGUUCCUAAUCCACUCUAGUGGAGCUCUUUUAAACAGUAAUACUCCCAUGGUACGGUUCACUUCUAAUCUCAUAGGGAGUGCUCCCUUAAAUGACUUAAGGAAAAGACAGCACAUUCUGUCUGGCUGUGCAUACAACGAGAACUACAAAACAUACUACCCACAGCUUGAAUAUGAUGUGUGCACUGUACCCAAGACAGAGCUGUCAUUGGCAGGUUUGUAUCCAAUGAUAGAAGUUCUGGUUAAAAUGCGAGGAAUAAAGUACUUCUCUGUUGUUCACUCGUGCUUAUCGCUGCUGCAUGUGUACAAGAGUGAUAUAGAAGUACUUUAUGCUUUCUCAAAUGUGUCCGUGCUUAUUAAUAUAAUAAAAGAAAUUCAGUGGUCUAAUAAUAAAAAAGAAGAAUAUACACUGCAGCCUUCUCAAUCCAAAAAACUAAAUAGUGAUUUGUCAAACAAUCAAGGUAUAGCAUGUUUAUAUUAUAAAAGGGCAAACAGACCGUCGAUUUUUGAUUAUGUUCACCAAAAUAUGGCAGAGGCACUGCCUUCGCACAGUAAGUACAACCACAAUAUUAUUUACAUAUGCUGGCUUUUUAGAAUACUUGAGUCAAAUUGGGGGUUUUUCAAAGUACAUGAUAUUAAGCCACUGUACACACAUAUAGACCCGUCCAGUCUUUCAGACGAGUUUGUGGAUGUUUUGGGUGACUGUCUGACCCCAGAGAAUGCCAGGUCUGUUAUAAAGUUUUUAGAAAAGAAUAAAUUAAGAUUAUACGGCAGCACGGAUGAAAAGGAGUGCGAAAAGAAGCACCGGGCAAUAGUAUCUCUCUUUAGAAAGUGUACUACAAAAAAGCAGCCGGUCAUAAAUAAAUAAUGCUUAGUCAUACACACUGCAAGUAUGCAAAGUAUAUAAUAUGUGCAUAUAACAGCCAGUUCAUACUCCAUCACAGUGUCUGGGUUAUUAAGGCAUGUUUUAAUUAUGUGUGGUGUGUGCUUGUGUAGUAGUCUGUUUGUGGCGUGAUGUGUAGUUAUGUGUGGUGUAUUAACUGUGUGAUGUAUUAUAAUUGGAU